GGGGGAACUUUUAAAGUUGUUUCCUUUUAGUUUUAAUGAUGUUCACCUUAAUUGCUGGGUUUUGAAGUGCUAUGGGACUUGUAUUUACACGACUAUAAGAAGAUGACGCUUUACAUUGGACGCGAAGCUUCAAAGUUAUGGAAGAGAAUAUGUUCAGAAACAACUACAGAGAUCAACCUUCUUCUAGAUAACUGGAAAUACCUUCUCGCUGGUCUCAUCUUUCAGUACAUUCACGGUUUAUCUGCUCGAGGAGUCCAUUACUUACACAGGCCAGGGCCAACACUUCAGGAUCUUGGAUUCUAUAUUCUACCAGAGCUUGGGCAAGAUAAAGGCUACAUCAGUGAGACUGUGUUCACCUGUGUCUUUUUAUCGUUUGUAUUGUGGACUUUCCAUCCUUUCAUCUUCAAGAGCAAGAAGAUCUACACAGUUCUUGUUUGGUGCAGGGUGCUAUCAUUUUUAGUUGCUUCUCAGGCUCUCCGCAUCAUCACAUUCUAUUCUACUCAGCUUCCGGGACCAAAUUAUCAUUGCCGAGAGGGUUCAAAGCUUGCAAGGCUGCCAAAACCGCAUAGUGCAUUAGAAGUCCUCUUAAUUAAUUUUCCUCGUGGUGUAAUAUAUGGCUGUGGUGACUUGAUUUUUUCAUCACACAUGAUCUUCACGCUGGUUUUUGUGCUCACCUAUCAGAAAUAUGGCACUAGAAGCUGUAUAAAGUACUUUGCUUGGUUGGUGGCUAUUGUUCAAAGUCUCUUAAUUGUGGCAUCCCGCAAACAUUACACGGUUGACGUAGUUGUUGCAUGGUAUACUGUCAAUUUAGUGGUAUUCUUUCUAGACAAGAAGCUGCCAGAAUUGCCCGACAGAAGCAGUGGAAAUUUACCUAUGCUGCUACCAUUGAGUACCAAAGACAAGGAUGGUAGAACCAAAGAAGAGAAUCACAAGCUCUUGAAUGGGAACUCUGUGGAUCCUGCAGAUUGGAGGCCGAGAACUCAAGUGAAUGGCAAGAUUCAAGAAGAUGUCAAUGGAAUCCAUGAUACUGCAAUGAAUGGUGCAUAGACGAUGGAAAUUACUGCUAUCUCACUUUAAUGGGGUUUUGCUUGAAUGAAUCCUUAUUGUCUUGGAUUAAAGCUCUGGUGAAUUCGAUUUGUAUUCUUAAGAAAACUGAACCGUAGUGCACUUGUGAAUUGUCGAGUUGCUGAAAUAUAAUUGUCGGUUGCUCAA